GUGAGUCGGAGCUCGGCCUCUCCCCAGCACGUUCUCAGCCGCUCCCGGUUCAGAGCCAGCGAGCGAGCGGCGAGCGAGGCUCACCAUCCCCCGGCGGCCAGGAUUCCGGGGCCGCUGAGCGCUCCCGCCUGUCGGGAGCUCGGGAGUCCUCGGAAUCCCCGCGGCCGGAGACUUGUCAGGACUUUAGAGCGCCAGCGGUGUCCGUGGGCUCCAGCGCCUCCGACUUCCCGGGCCCCUCGCAGCGAGAGCCCCAGAGACGCGGGACCUCCGCGGAACAAGUGUGAAGAGCCACGUUUGGAACGAAUUUCGUCCCCUGGAUUUGAAGUGCUCGCAGGAAAUCGGAAGCUAGCUGGGCUGCUGUGUUGGGGCUAACAGGAUCGGGCAGAAAAUCCGAAAAGAUCGAGAUUGAGAACUCACUGCAGUUACCACGAUGGGCAGCAAAACCUUGCCAGCCCCAGUGCCCAUACACCCAUCCCUUCAGCUCACCAACUACUCCUUCCUUCAGGCAGUGAACGGCCUGCCCACAGUGCCCUCGGACCACCUGCCCAACCUGUAUGGCUUCAGUGCUUUGCACGCUGUGCACCUGCACCAGUGGACGCUGGGCUACCCGGCCAUGCACUUGCCACGAUCCUCUUUCUCCAAAGUACCAGGUGCGGUGUCCAGCCUGGUGGACGCGCGCUUCCAGCUGCCCGCCUUUCCCUGGUUCCCUCACGUCAUCCAGCCCAAGCCUGAGAUCACCACCGGAGGCAGCGGCCCUGUGCUCAAGACCAAGCCACGCUUUGAUUUUGCCAACCUGGCCUUGGCUGCUACACAAGAAGAUCCGUCCAAGCUUGGCCGGGGUGAGGGUCCUGGCUCACCCACAGGAGGGCUGGGGGCCCUCCUGGAUGUGACCAAGCUGUCUCCAGAAAAGAAGCCUACCAGGGGACGCCUGCCUUCCAAGACCAAGAAGGAGUUCGUCUGCAAGUUCUGUGGCCGCCACUUCACCAAAUCCUACAACCUUCUAAUCCAUGAGCGCACACACACCGACGAGCGGCCCUACACCUGUGACAUCUGUCACAAAGCCUUCCGGAGGCAAGACCACCUCCGGGACCACAGAUAUAUUCACUCCAAAGAGAAGCCUUUCAAGUGCCAAGAGUGUGGGAAAGGAUUCUGCCAGUCCAGGACUCUCGCUGUCCACAAGACGCUACACUCACAGGUGAAGGAGCUCAAACCUCCAAGAUCAAGUGCUAAGCGGAGCCUCGGGGCCUCCAGGACCCUGCGGCACGCUGCCCCCUCCUCCAGAGAGACCGCUAGCAGGAGCCUUCUCAGGCGGGCAGCAGGAGGGGCGCUCGGGACCUCCCUCCACCCCAGCAACGUCCCCUGGGCCCCCGGCGCACGAGGCACUCCAGAGCCCCGCCCGGGGCCGUGACCCCGACCGCCCGGGCGGCUCCCCCAGGACGCGGCUAAACUCUUGGCCAAAAGGCGGUACUCACGUGGCCGAAGGGAAACUGCAUUAAAAAAAAAAAAAAGGAAAAAAGAA